AUGGCUUCAGCCCUGGAACCUAAAGAACAAAAAGGACUUAUGAUUAAAGCAGAGAACCAUUAUUGGGAACAGGACUCCAUCUAGAAGUUUAGUCAUUGUAGUAGAGAAUUCUUCAGACAGCACUUCAGAAAGCUCUGCUAUCAGGGUGCGCCUGGACUCUGUGAAGCUCUUACCCAGCUUUGGAGGCUCUGCCGCCAGUGGUUAAGGCCAGAAUGUUACACCAAGGAGCAGAUUUUAGACUUGUUGGUGCUAGAACAGUUCCUGAGCAUUCUUCCUGUAGACCUGCAAGAAUGGAUGCAGGCACACCAUCCAGAGACUAGAGAGGAGGCAGUAACUGUGCUGGAGGAUUUGGAAAGAGAGCUUCAUGAGCCCCAAAAGCAGGUCCAAGCUAAUUCAUAAAGACAGGACAUACUCUUGGACAGGUUGGCCCCCUUUGGAAUGCCAAGUGAAUUGCAGACUGUCCAGCUUCAUCCCAAGAAGACCCAGCUGGAACUCGAACUUGGGAAGCUACAUAGGAAUGGUGACAAAACCAAGACUGAGAAUGAAGAAUUAUCCCAGAAAGAUGAUAUGCCCAAAGAUAUGGAAUUCCUUGGGGAAAUAAAUGACAGAUUUAGCAAAGAUCUUCCUCAGCAACCUGAAUCCAAAGAUGCUUCUGAAAAUGAGUGUAGGUUAAACUGUCAACAAAGGGAAAGAAGAAAAUAUAAAUGUGAUUAAUGUGGAAAAAGUUUUAGUCAAAGCUCAGCUCUUAAUAAACACAGGAGAAUUCACACUGGAGAGAAGCCCUAUAAGUGUGAUGAAUGUGGAAAAGCCUUCAUUCAACUCUCACAUCUUAUGGGACAUCAUAGAGUACAACUUGGAGUAAAACUGUAAAAAUGUAAAGACUGUGGGAAAGAUUUUAGUGGUAUUAUUCAGUGUGAUGAAUGUGGAAGGCCCUUCCAUGUAAGUUCAAUUUUUAUUAGACAUCAAAGAAUUCAUAUAGCAAAUAAGCUCUAA